GUAUUCGACCAACGACGUUAGUUUAUUGUACCUCUCGCAUUCGCUUUCUUGUUAGUUGAACUACCGCCUGCUAUUGUUAUCGGCGGUAUUUUCGUGUCGAAAAAAAAAACACCGAGUGUGAAUUUCGAAUACUUUUCGAACCUUUUUCUUCAGUCUUCACCAAAGAAAGAUUGAUUUACAAUCCGCGAAAAAAGCCUCGUUGUAAAUAGUUACUUUUAUUUUAACGGCUCUUACCGUUCCUUUUUUCUCUCUUUUUUUCGUACCAUUGUUGUUUUAUCACCGUGUUCUUCUCGACUUGUCCGAAGAAGGAAAAAAAAAUCAUUCUCUUAUUAUGGUAUAUUUUAUUAUUACGUAAACAAUACGAGGACUGGACUCGUUCAAAGUGUUUUGUGUGUUUGAAAUUCCAUUGGAAACUUUUCAAAGUGGUAAGGGUUGCUACGAGUCGAGUGUUUUUUUCGUGUGUUUUACGAUGCCCAUUUCCAUGUCCAGUUGAAGAGAAGAAAAUAGUAUUCAGCUGCUUCACACGAGUCAAUGCCUUUGGAUUGGAUUUUGGACACCUUUUCAAACUCAAUCUGUGAUCGUAAAAUGUUGUCGGCGAUGGUAAUGGUGGAAGAAGGGCCAUCAUCCUUUAAUAUGAUCGAUGUGGACGAUUCAGCGAGCCCAGCAGUAUAGAGCUUUUUGCGAGCCGGAGAAAUCGAAGAGUAAAAAAGAUCUGCAAACGAAGCCGCAAUUGUCGUCACACGUAGCGACGAGUACGCGCACAAUGAUGACAAGUACCAGUACCGUAUUGAAAAUGUGUCUGUUGUAUGCGAUGGCCAUUGACCUGGUUACUUGUUCGAAUCGAGAUUCCUCCGAUCGGUCUGCAGCCGCAGAUCGUAUCGCAUCUGUAAGUCGACUUCAAUGGAAAUCUUCCCAGCAGCGUCAUUCGACUCGCUCUCAGCAGCAUUCGCAUACGAAGAAUACGAGAUCGGAUCAUGCUCGUUAUACGCAAAAUGCAUCUGAAAUGCCUUCUGCAUCUGCACCUUCAUCGUCAUCGACGUCGUCCAAAAAUCGAAGACCUAAUAUCGUAUUGAUACUGACCGACGAUCAAGACGUGGAACUUGGUUCGUUGAAUUUCAUGGCGGAAACUACACGUUUAUUGCGAAACGGAGGGGCUGAGCUGAAACACGCGUAUACAACGACUCCGAUGUGUUGCCCUUCGAGGAGCUCCAUGCUUACUGGUUUAUAUGUUCAUAAUCACAACGUGUACACGAAUAACGAUAAUUGUUCCAAUAUUCAAUGGCAAAUCGAACACGAAACUAGGUCAUUCGGGGCAUAUUUACAUAACUCCGGAUAUUAUACCGGUUAUUUCGGUAAAUACCUAAACAAAUACAAUGGCUCCUACACACCACCCGGUUGGAAAGAGUGGGGUGGACUGAUAAUGAAUUCCAAAUAUUACAAUUAUUCCAUCAACCUGAAUGGAAAACGAAUAAGGCAUGGCGAUGAUUAUUAUAAAGAUUAUUACCCGGAUUUGAUCGCCAACGAUUCGGUUAAUUUCCUACGACAGUGGAAGGUAUGGAACUCGAAUAAACCAUCUUUGCUAGUCAUGAGCUUCCCAGCACCCCAUGGACCUGAGGAUUCGGCUCCUCAAUACUCGGAUAUGUUUUUCAACGUUACCACUCAUCAUACACCUUCUUAUGAUUACGCUCCUAAUCCGGAUAAACAAUGGAUACUUCAAGUUACCGGGCGAAUGAUGCCGAUUCAUAAACAGUUCACUAAUUUAUUGAUGACUAAACGUCUGCAAACGCUGCAGAGUGUUGAUAGCGCUGUGAAAAAAGUAUAUGAUACCUUGAAAGAGAUCGGAGAGUUGGAUAAUACGUACAUAAUUUAUACUUCCGAUCAUGGAUACCAUCUGGGUCAAUUUGGUCUGGUCAAGGGGAAGUCGUUCCCGUUUGAGUUCGACGUGAGGGUGCCUUUUCUAGUCAGAGGACCAGGCAUUGAGCCAGGUAGUAUUAUUAAUGAAAUCGCAUUGAACAUCGAUUUGGCUCCAACCAUUUUGGACCUUGCCGGUAUCCCAGUUCCUGGUCACAUGGAUGGCAGAUCUUUGAUGAAAUUAUUUCAUCGACGAAAGAAAAGCAAUCGUAAAUAUCUAAAUAAUUGGCCAGAUACGUUCCUAAUCGAAAGCAGUGGCCGUCGAGAAAUACCGAUAACCUUAGCACCACAUUCCGAUUCUUCGAAAAAUCUCACAUUUUCAGAAUUAUCCAACGUUACCGAGAAUUCGAUUCCAUCAACGGAAGAGACAGUGGCAGCGUUAAAAUCGUCUUCGACCACCGAAAAGUUAUUAAUGUUUCCGGAGGAUUUGGCAGAGUCGUCGUUUUUACAAGAAUUUUCUAACGAGAAUUUAUCUUCGAAAAGAGACAACGUCGAUAAUGUGCUGAUGACGAAUAUGGCGUUGACGAAUAAAGCCGAAAGAUUAUCAAUGGAAUGUCAACGACCGGAGUACUCGUCGCCUUGUAAAAUUGGACAAAAGUGGCAUUGUGUAUUGCACGAUAACCGAUGGCGGAAGCAUAAAUGUAGAUAUUACGAGAGCGAUAUACCAGCUUUGCCCAAUUUACAAAAAUGUACCUGUAUAACUGAGGAGGGUAUUGUGUACAUGAAGUUCCAGACAUCGGAUGAAAAUCAAAACCAAAGAACUGCUACAAAUAAUCAAAUCCAACCGGUGGUCGUGCACUACGUUCAAUCAAACAAAACAUCGGACGAGCUAGUCGACGAAUUAGCUAAAACGUGGAGGAUCAUGAAAAGGCAUCGCAGACAAGCCGCCGAAACUGGCCUAGAAUCGGCGUUAAAUUCGCAAAUGACCUUGGUCAUGGAUGUGCUCCACGGUCAGCUGAUGGAGUUACAGACGUCGCGUAAUAAUCACACCAAUACCGCUUGCGUUGUCGCUACCAAUGGCUCGGUCAGCUGUUCCAGGGAGAUUUACGAUGAUCCUACGCUAUGGGAGACUAGCCAACAAAAUAUCGUGUCGCAGAUUAACAAAUUACAAGAUCAGUUGGAUAAAUUAAAAGACAUACAACGUCAUCUAGAUGCCAAACAACCUUCAUUGAAAAUCCUUCGAAACGAGAUCAAAUUAAAAUCAAGUUCAACUGACAAUCUCUCGCUGACUUUACUGACCGAUUCAGUGCUCGAAAACGUUACCACCGAAUCAUCAAGAACUACUGCUGACUGGGAUGGUACCACUAAACAUCAUAAACAUCGCCAUCAGCACAGUACUGAAAUGUACAAAAACUUAAGCUCUAGUCGGACUAAACUUCAUAGCGUGCCAGAGGAAGUAGAUAAACAUCUGGCUUUUAAUUCGAUUCCUGAUACUUGUUAUUGCGUUCCUCAUUCCUCGGAUGAUCCUUUAUCUACGAAGGAGAUAAUUAAAGAACAAAAACGACGAAUGAAGGAGCAAAGGAUUAAGAAAAAAGAACGUAAGCUGAAACGUCGAGCAAAAUUAGAAAAAGAAUGUUAUUUAGAAAAAAUGAAUUGUUUUAAUCACGAUAACGAUCAUUGGAGGACAGCUCCUUAUUGGACAGAAGGUCCAUUUUGUUUCUGUAUGAACGCAAAUAAUAAUACGUAUAGUUGUUUACGUACCAUAAAUAGUACUCAUAAUUUCCUAUAUUGCGAAUUUGUUACCGGAUUAGUUACUUUUUAUAAUCUCAGAAUUGAUCCGUUCCAACAAUAUAACCGUAUUAGUAGUUUAAAUAUCAAAGAGAAAUCUUGGUUGAAAGAUACUUUAGCUGAGAUGAUGAGAUGUAAAGGAUCUCAAGAUUGUGCCAACGUUGGGGGGUACAAAUUAUCUUCCAAUUUCGAAGAAUUCGUUAGUUCUAGGAAGAAAUAUUCGUUCUCAGAACGAAAAGGUAGAAGAAAAAAUACAACCGCAGUCGAAGUUACCGAACUAGACCGCGAAAGUUGAAAAUGUUUCAACUGUGCUUACCAUUUGAAGCUUUUUUCCUUUUUUAAGAAAUGUGAAUUAAUAAAUAAUAAUGUAUCAUAAAUUUUCAUGUUUACGUAUUUAUUGCUCUGUAUUAUUUCUCUCGUGUACAUAAGUUGUAUUGUAUUAUUUUAUUAUUGUAUUUUUAAAACGUUCGUUGUAAAUAAGUCCUAUCUUGAUUUCUUUAUGUUUUCGUAGGUGUAAUUAUUAUUUUGUGUAUAAUUUGGCAAAAUUCCAGUUGUUUUUAUUUUCUCAGAUUUUAAAUACGUGUUGAAUUGUUUUUUCUUUUCUUUUUUACUGCUUUACGUGUAAAAGAUGAUUUCAAAAUGAUUAAAAAUUGUGAAUUAGUUUUA